AUGUCAAUCAAUGGUAGUUCUCCGGGAUCAGCGUUUGUAGCGGAGCUGCCUUUCUCAUUUCAGGAUGAGCUGACCGCAACUAUUCAGAAUGCGCUGGGCGUCGCAGUGGAGAUAGCAGUGGUCGAGAUCACCAAACUUGUAGGUCAAGUGUUAAAAGAUGUGCGGGACCAAAUGCAAGACACCUUACGGGACAACAAGUCCCUUAAGUUUCGCUUACACACGGCUGAAGCAGAACUAUGUGCGGUGCGAGGCAGACUGGAGGAACAGAGUCAAUCUCAAACCGUCGCCAUGGGUGACCAUUGCUCUACAGCAGGUCGAAUUCAGCUUGUUCAUCAACAGCUAAGUUCUCUCAGUGACAGUUUACAGACUGCAAGCAAAACAGCGAGGUCCGAACUCAAUAACAGCAUAGAGUCAAAUUUUGAACAAGGGACUGAUUCUACAGUCAACGUUAAACAACCUUGCAGUGCUGUUGGUGGCAUAGAGAAUAAUACUUAUUCAAGUCUGUCAUUCUGUGAAAUUCGAGAAGAUGGACGUGUGUCCUCACAGGACAUUAAACCGGAUUUAAUGCCAGAGUUGGACCAGCUUGAUAUGGUAGAGUCAAAAGUCACAAAGAAAAAUGGCAGUGUGCAGGGAGAAACUGCACAGUUUGAGCAGUCAGAUUCUGUGAUGACCACUGGACCUGAUGCUGCAGGGCUUCAAACGGACAGGUCCCCCACACCUCAGGCUGCCUCAGUGGUUCCUGCUGUGACUGUGAAGGUGGAAGAGACUGAGCAGGGCGGUGGCCCACUGUCUGCCUCUUACAUCGGGAGAGAAAAUGACUUGAGUUCAGAAAUCCUUUCCUUGGCUCAGUCGCGUCUGUUGGAAGACUGGAAACCUGAACCACUGCAUUUGCAGAGCUGUCAGUCAAACACAUUCACCCCCUCCCCCGGACUCUGUCUGGAGUCUCCACUCUUACCUUCAGACAUCCCAGAUCAAGACCUCCAAUCCCCCUCUGCUCCUGGCCUGUCUGUGCCCUUCUCCAAACCCUACACCUCUGGAGAUAUGGGGGCUUCCUCUUCCCUACCAAAUCACUCCCCUCCCCAGCUAUAUCCUGCCCAUGACUCCAGCACCUACAGCGCCCAACAUGUCUGCAGGAUCUGUGGCGAGACCUUUUCACAACUGGAGGAUCUGCGCAAGCAUCGCAGCCUCUUACACCCCAAAAACGUCAACAAGACCCCCAAGAGGAGCCUGUUCCCUCCAGGCCGGAGCCCUUACCACUGCGGCAUCUGCAGGCGGGACUUCAACCGCAUGGAGCACUUAAAGAUCCACCAGCGCAUCCAUACAGGAGAGAGACCUUACGCAUGCUCUGUUUGCAAUGCACGCUUCCGCCACUCGUGGGCCCUCACGCGCCACUUUCGCAUCCACACCGGAGAGAAGCCCUACAUGUGUGGACAGUGUGGGAAAACAUUCCGGAACUGUGGUGGCCUGCGUUUCCACCAGCGCUCGCAUGUGGUUGGGGCCUUGGGAAGCUUAGCAUGAUCCUUUGUUACGUUAAAAUGAAGUCCAGUCAAACAUUCAGC